AUGGGUAUGUCUGGAGUGGGGGUGGUGUUUAGGGAUCAUGGUGGCAAUUUGGUAAAAUUUGGGGCUCAGCGUAUUAAGCAGGGAACUAAUAAUGAAGUUGAAGCAUAUCCAGCAUUGUUGGCAAUCCGGUGUGCUUGGAAAAUGGGCGUUAAAGAAUUAUAUCUGGAAGAGGAUUCACUGAUCAUAAUCCAAGCUAUUAAAAAUGGAAAAAUCAAGGCAUGGAAUUUACAAAAAAAUUUAUCUUUGAUCUUAGCAGAUUUGAAUUCCUUUGAAGAUGUUGUGGUCAGCCAUGUCAGAAGGGAGGGUAAUAAGGUGGCGGAUAAAUUAUCUAAAUGGGCCAUGUCCUUCAAUCAAGAGGAGGAUUCAAGAUUUGAAUUUUUUGAUGGUGUAGCUUGGUGGACUGAUAGAGGCUACAUUCACCUUCCAGAUGUAGAAGUAGCAGAAGGCUCUUUAUGGGCUGGUAGAGAACCAUAG